AUGGCAUCCCUCGCAAGCGGCGCAGCCCGAACCGCAGCGCUCAGGAAAGCCUUCGCCCCCUUGCGACAGCAUCCUUCGCGGACUCUGACCACUCGUGCAACCUCUUACACACUCAACACCGGAGCCAAGAUCCCAGCUCUCGGCUUCGGAACAUUCCAGGACGCUGAAUCCCAGGAACAGACCGUCAGCCGCGCCUUGCAGAAGGGCAUGCGCCUGAUUGACACGGCCCGGGUUUACGACGUCGAAGAGCAAGUCGGAAAGGGAAUCAAAAAGAGCGGUAUCCCCCGGGAAGAGGUUUUCCUCGGCACAAAACUGUGGUGCAAUGACUACCAUCCUGAUGACGUGGAGCGUGCUUUGGACGACUCUCUACGCGACCUGGAUACCCCAUAUGUCGACCUUUUGCUGAUGCACUACCCCUGCACCUUCAAGCGCGGACCCGACCGAUUCCCCCGCGAUGCCGAGGGCAGAAUGAUCCACGGCGAGACGGCUUUCGUUGACACAUGGAAAGCGAUGGAGAAGCUGACCAAGACCGGCAAGGUCAAGGCUAUUGGGGUUUCGAACUUCAGCAAGGGCGAAAUCGAGGCGCUGAUUACGGAGUCCUCGACGGUUCCCGCUGUUCACCAAAUGGAGGUCCACCCCUAUUUACAGCAGAAGGGAUUCAACGAGUGGCUCAAGACAAAGGGCAUCCACGUUGUCCAGUUCAGCCCUCUGGGCAACAUGAACGACUUCUACCGCCAGACCGGAUGGUCCAAAGAGAUUGCGCAUAUGAUGCGGGUCAUCGACCAGCCACUGCUGAAGGAGAUUGGCGAGAAGUACGGCAAGACCCCGGUGCAGGUGGUGCUUGCAUGGGGUAUCAACAGCGGUCGCUCUGUCAUCCCCAAGAGCGUUGUCGAUUGGCAGAUUGACCAGAACUUGGAGGCAGAUUUCGAGCUGCAGCCCGAGGACAUGGCGCGGAUUGCAACUCUAGACGCGAAGGCUCGCUUCAAUGACCCCAGCUUUGACUACGAGUGGCGGUUGUACAGUGACCUGGAGGGUAUUGAGGGUACUAUGAGAGGAAACACGCACUAG